CCGCUGGCCAACAGCUGCAGCGAGCCCUGCGUGCGGCAGUGCCAGGACUCCACCGUGCUCAUCCAGCCCUCGCCCGUGGUGGUGACCCUGCCCGGGCCCAUCCUCAGCUCCUUCCCCCAGAGCACCACCGUGGGCUCCUCGGCCUCGGCCGCCGUGGGCAGCGCCCUGAGCGCCGGGGGGGUUCCCAUCAGCUCCGGGGGCUCCCUGGCACUGGGGGGCUUUGGCUACCCCGGGCUGGGCGGGGGCUACAACCGNNCCUACCGGCGCUCCAACCGCUGCGGGCCCUGAGGGGGCCUCGGGAGUGACCCCGGAGGAACCGCCCGGAGACGAGACGCGCGACCCGGCUGCAGGACUGAGUUGGUGACCACGGCUUGCUGACCCCCCUCAGCUUCCCCCCGAGCUACUGGCACUGCGGGAGCUUGGCACUGCUGAUUUGAGGCCUUCCUGCGUUGUCAGGGAGGCGAAAAAUGCAAUUUUGGUUGUUGCACGUAGGAGCUGGGUGUCCAACUGUAAAGCGCUGCCUGGAAACGGAGAAUUAAUUUUAUGAUUAAUUUUAUCCGUAGAAACCCUACUGCUUUCUUAUGCUGUACAUUUUUUUUUUUAAUGCCACUUCUUGCUCAUUAAACAUAUGGUGCAUCAUAAUUCGUGUUUGGUAACGUUCUUUCUCUUCCUCUUCUCUGGGAGAAAUUUACCUGUGCAUAAAUUGUCAGUACCAGGCAGAGCUGCAUUUCAUUCAUACCAUGCUAAUUACUGAUGAGUUAAUCAGAUAUA